UAUACAAUUACAUAUAAAACACGUUCUUUCGUUGUAUUGUAUACCAUCCUAAAAAUUAAAAACAAACCCAACAACAAGGUCGGUCCCAUUCCCAUUUUCCAUCUCUCAAAAAUCGUACGAUUCCUCAGUCUCGUUACAAAGAAGGAUGCUAAAGCUAAACGCAGAAUAGCCUCGCCGUUUUGCUCUGACACAAUAAAAAAGAGAUAAACGACGAAUCAAAACGCGUCUUUCAAAAUCAAAACAAAAGAAAAGAAGAAUCAACAACUGUGCUCUUAUCAGUGACUCAUUUCCACUGUCACUCACUUCUUUCUUUUCACAUUUGGAUCUGAUUCUCAAGCUUCCAUUUCUUAACCAUAUAGAAACAACAAAAUCUCAAUUCAAUUCAAAUUCAGCCACUGGCUGAAACUGAAACUGAAACUGAAAUUGAAUCAUUAUGGGAAAAUCAAGCAAUCAUAGCAAGGAAUGGACGCAGAUGAACUCGAUCUACGGAAUGGAGCAAUGGCAAACCCUAAUUUUCCUCUUAUGUCAAGCGAUUUUACUGUCUGUGUUAUCUGUUCUCUAUUUGGUUUACUUUAAUUCAAUUUGCGGUUUCUUCGAGAGAGUAAUUUCUGGCCCCGCCGUCGCCAGAUUCGCCGCGGGAUUCACCGGUUCAGUUACGGCUCUCUCCGCGGUGUGUCUUUUCUUCGCGGCGGCGAAUUUCUUUUACUCCGCCAUUCCGCUUCACUACGACAUGGCACAGAGGAUCGUCUCCGCCGUUCACGACUGGUCCUCCGUGAAACUCGCUCUCGAUUUAGGUUGCUGCGGCCGCGGGAUCCUCCUCAACGCCGUCGCGACGCAGCUGAAGAAAGAAGGAAGCUCUGGUAGAGUCGUCGGUCUUGACAGAUCGAAACGGACUACGCUGUCGACGCUUCGGUCGGCGAAAAUGGAAGGCGUCGGCGAAUACGUUACGUGUCGUGAGGGAGACGCGCGGAGGUUACCGUUUCCGGAUAAUUACUUCGAUGUGGUGGUUUCCGGUGUGUUUGUUCAUACGGUAGGGAAAGAGUACGGACAGAAAACGGCGGAGGCGGCGGCGGAGAGGAUGAGAGCGGUGGCGGAGAUGGUGAGAGUGAUGAAACCGGGAGGUGUAUGCGUUGUGUGGGACCUAGUGCACGUGCCGGAGUACGUGCUUAGGUUGCAGGAAUUAAAGAUGGAAGAUGUUAGAGUUUCGGAACGUGUAACCGCUUUCAUGGUCAGUAGUCACAUUGUUUCGUUCAGGAAACCAAGUCAGCACGUGCAUGGACCCGCUGAGGUUCGCUUGGAUUGGAGAUUAUGCUGACGUGGAAUUUCAUUAUUUUAUAUAUAGAAAUUAUAUUGUUAAAUAUUUUUCUUCUUUUAUAUUUCAAAGUUUGAAUGAGCUUAUAUGGGUAAAGUUAUGACUGGGGAGGCGAAGUCGAACCAGAUGUUUAGAUUUAUCUGAUUUUUGUAAAUUUGCUGAUGAUUUUAUAUAUAGCAAUGAAAUUGUAUGACUAUAUUAGUUUUAUAUUUGAAUGAUAUGUAGUGGUAUAAGAAGUAUUUGAUACUCCUUUCCUUCUUCUUAAUGAUAAUUAUUUUUUUUGUCCUAAAAAUAAAAAUUAGUAUCGUUAAAUUAUUAGUAUCUGUACAGAAACAUAGAUGUAGAGGUUGAAAAUAAUAAAAUGAAUUUGAAGUAAAGUGAUUAGUUUAACAAUAUUUGCUUUAUGAAGGUAGAUUUGAUUUGUGGAAUAUAAGAAAAGCCUUAAAUCAUGGUUGAAUUGUGAGGCAAAAGAACAUGAAUCAGGAAUUAAGGAAGUGAAAGAGGUGACUUUCCUUUUGAAAUUUAGGCUGAAAGAUGUCAUUGUCUUAUUUAUUAUUUGGGUAUUCAAGUUUGUUCCCUCCAUGUGAGGAUUGAUUUAAUUUAUAAAAAAAAAUGUUGAUUGAAUGAAAGGAAAUGGCGACAAAUAAAUAGAUUGAAAAAAAGUGGUUUGUAGUUAGUGAUAUUUUCCCUACAGUACGGUUCAACUUUGUGGACAUUAUGAGUUGAAAUGAUGGCAUGGAAUUAUGGUGGUGACCCUUUAAAGAAUGGAGAGUCAUAAUCAAAGAUUUUAGAUUGUGAAACUUCAACAACGUGAAGGACGUUGUUUGUUGAAAGUUUACAUCUCAUACCUUAAAACAAUUGUUAAUUCAAGAUUAGCUGAAAUUGUUUGCUAAUGGUUUUGAACCAAAUUAGUGUGCAAUAAAUUACAUUAGCCUUUUUUAGGGUUGAUAGAUGCGGCUACUUAACUUUGUUACACACUCUCAAUUUGGGUGGAAUCUUCUAAAUUACUUGUGGGUAUGUAAUUAGAGUUCAUUAACAUCAAAAUAUUUUUUUAAAGUCAAAUAUUAAUUAUAUUGUAAACUUUUGCAUUAUGUUUGGUAGAGAAUUAGAGAUCCAACUUUAAUUAAAAAAAAGAGAUUAUUACUAUUUUAUUGUCGAAGUUAUGGUGACCUUAAUAUCUAGCACAGCAACCUUUUCCAGGACCACAUGGUGCAUGUGGCAGCCCUAUAAUUCUGACAUAAGAGAAUGGGUAUGGCCAUGCUUCUAUCUCAGAAUCAAUGAUCAUUUGGUACUCAACAUUUAAGAGGCCAUGUUUUGUUUUCCUUUGUUAGGUUUAAUAAUGUAGAUAUAUCUCAUUUUGUUCGAGGUAAUGUUUUCAGAUUUA